AUGCAUCCAUCCAUGUUUCUCUCCUCUGCUGCUCAUAAUCCCUGUGGCGCGUCACUCAUCCCGAGAUUACUCAAGUCCAGAACUCGUCCUUCCCGCAGAGUCAUCCUGAGCAUACAAAAGGCGACGACUUCUCCCGCCCGUGGUGCCACAGUUUCAUCUGCCCGCCCCAGUGCUUUUUACCCCUCACAGCGACGACCUUUUCUCCAAACCUCGACCCUUCCACCACUUCAUUUCACACCUAACACAACAGCUACAUUCAGCACCAUGUCUUCCGCGACUACUUUCUACGACUUUGAGCCUGUCGACAAAAAAGGCAAGGCCUACCCCCUCACCGACCUCAAAGGCAAAGUCAUCCUCGUCGUGAACACGGCCUCGAAAUGCGGGUUCACGCCCCAAUUCAAAGGUCUCGAAAACCUCUACCAAUCCGUCAAGGCCAAGCACCCAGAGGAUUUCCUCAUAAUCGGAUUCCCUUGCAACCAAUUCGGCGGCCAGGAUCCCGGCUCGGACGAUCAGAUUCAGGAAUUCUGCCAGGUUAACUACGGCGUUACGUUCCCUGUCUUGGGCAAGGCGGAUGUGAAUGGCGACAAGGCGUCGCCGCUCUGGACUUGGUUGAAGGAGAGCCAGCCGGGGCUUUUGGGGCUGAAGAGGAUUAAGUGGAACUUUGAGAAGUUUCUGGUUUCGGCUGAUGGUAAGGUUGUUGGGAGGUGGGCUAGUACGAGCAAGCCUGAGGGGUUGGAGGAGACGAUUUUGAAGGAGAUUGAGAAGGCGAAGAAGGAGGGCACGCUGGCUUCUGCUGCGGGUGCUAAGGAGGGUGGUGAGCAGGCUGCCCAGGAGGGAGAGACUGCGAAGUUGGCUUGA